UUGCGGCAUGAACACACACACACACCGGCGGUGUUAAGAGUCUCUGCUGGCUGCUCCCGCUGCUAUCUGCUUUCUGCAGUCUGUAGUCUGUCUACAACUUAAACAUUAACUUAAUUUCAGCGUUUCAACUGCGUGCCAACACAGGAAGUGUGCGUGUCAGCUGAGAGGAGUCACAUGUGGACAUCAGCUGUGCGGGAAUAAAUACGACCAGCUGUCAGCAGGUCUGCGGGAGGGCGUGGUUUCUGUCCUCCCAUAAGACAAGCGAGAGACGUCAGGGAGACUCACACACCGUUCUGCCUGUUAAACCCUCAGCUCCUGUCCUGUCGCUGGCAAAGAUGGCUCAUCUCACGGCGCUCUUCAAAUAUGUGGACGAACACCAGGAUCUGUAUGUGAAGCGCCUCGCAGACUGGGUGGCAGUCCAGAGUGUGUCCGCUUGGCCAGAGAAGCGCGGUGAGAUCAAGAAGAUGAUGGAGAUCGCAGCCAAGGACAUCGAGAGGCUGGGGGGAACAGUGGAGAUGGUGGACAUCGGCAAACAGAAGCUUCCAUCUGGAGAGGAAAUCCCUCUGCCACCGAUUGUCCUGGGUCGCUUGGGGUCAGACCCGGGCAAGAAGACUGUGUGCAUCUACGGCCAUCUUGAUGUCCAGCCAGCCAAUAUCGAGGAUGGCUGGGAUACAGAGCCCUUCACUCUGGUGGAGAAAGAUGGUAAGCUCUAUGGAAGAGGUUCCACUGAUGACAAAGGUCCUGUGUUGGCCUGGUUUAACUGCAUUGAGGCCUACCAGAAGAUCCAGCAGGAGCUUCCCAUCAACAUCAAAUUCUGCUUCGAGGGGAUGGAGGAGUCUGGAUCUGAGGGCCUGGAUGAACUGGUGUUUGCUCGAAAAGACACCUUCUUAAAAGACGUGGACUAUGUGUGCAUCUCUGACAACUACUGGCUGGGCAACACCAAACCCUGCAUCACCUACGGGUUGAGAGGAAUCUGCUACUUCUUCAUUGAGGUGGAGUGCGGAAGCAAGGACCUACACUCUGGAGUGUUUGGUGGCUCUGUUCAUGAAGCUAUGACUGACCUGAUUGCACUCAUGGGCUCCCUCGUAGACAACAAAGGGAAGAUUAUGAUUCCUGGGAUUUACGACAAUGUGGCCCCUCUGACAGAAGAGGAGACAAAGCUGUAUGAUAAAAUUGAGUUUGACUUGGGUGAAUACCGCAGAGAUGUUGGAGUUGGAAAGCUACUGCAUGAAACCAAGGAGCAAAUCCUAAUGCACCGCUGGAGAUAUCCAUCUCUAUCUCUUCAUGGUAUUGAGGGAGCUUUCUCCGAAGCAGGGUCCAAGACCGUUAUCCCCCGCAAGGUCAUUGGCAAGUUCUCCAUCCGCGUCGUCCCCGACAUGGACCCCAAAGUUGUGGAGAAGCAGGUUGUGGAUCACCUGAAGAAGAGGUUUGCUGAGUUGGGAAGCCCCAACAAACUGAAAGUGGACAUGGGCCACGGAGCCAAGGCCUGGGUCUCUGACUUCAACCACCCACACUACAUGGCUGGUCGAAAGGCCAUGAAGACAGUCUUUGGUGUGGAGCCUGACCUGACUCGUGAGGGUGGAAGCAUCCCCGUCACUCUGACAUUCCAGGAGGCCACAGGACGUAACGUCAUGCUGCUCCCUGUAGGAUCCUCUGAUGACGGAGCUCACUCACAGAAUGAAAAGCUCAACAGGACCAACUACAUUCAGGGGGUCAAGAUGCUCGGUGCAUACUUCCAUGAGGUUUCCCUGCUGGAAUGAAGUCAUGUUUCAUAAUGAAAAAUGUAAAAUAUGCCAAUCGUCAUGAUCAGAGCCAUUGUGGUAUUUUUUCCCCUUCACGAUUAGCAGUACUAUACACUUCUCUUCCAAAUAAAAGUAUUUUUCUUUGUUA